GAGCUGGGUUUAUAAAUAAUGCAUUUCCUUUGUCUUGCAGGAGUUCUGGAGGCAGAGGUACAAUCAGAUCAGCUGUGAACAGCUUACAUAGCAAAUCUAAUAGAGCUGAAGUAGUAAUAAAUGAUUCUUCGUCUCCCGCUGUUGUUGACAGAAGUAAUGAAAGCAUUAAGCACAACAUUAAACCAGCCCCAUCCAAAUGGAGCCACAACCAGACACUCUCUUUGAAGAUCAGGAAACAAAUCUUGAAGUUCCUGGAUGCAGAGAAGGACAUUUCGGUGCUGAAGGGGACGCUGAAGCCCGGGGACGUCAUCCACUAUGUCUUCGACAGGGACAGCACCAUGAACGUGUCCCAGAACCUCUACGAGCUGCUGCCCCGCACGUCCCCCCUGAAGGGCAAGCAGUUCCCGACCUGUGCCAUCGUGGGCAACUCGGGGGUCCUGCUCCGCAGCGGCUGCGGCCCCGAGAUCGACGCGCACAGCUUCGUCAUACGGUGCAAUCUGGCCCCUGUGCAGGAAUACUCGCAGGACGUGGGCACCAAGACGGACCUGGUGACUAUGAACCCUUCUGUCAUCCAGCGGGCCUUCGAGGACCUGGUGAACGAGACCUGGCGAGAGAAGCUGCUGCAGCGCCUGCACAGCCUCAACGGCAGCAUCCUCUGGAUCCCAGCCUUCAUGGCCAAGGGCGGCAAGGAACGAGUGGAGUGGGUGAACGAGCUCAUCCUGAAGCACCACAUCAACGUUAGGACUGCCUACCCCUCGCUGCGCCUGCUGCACGCUGUCCGAGGGUACUGGCUCACAAACAAAGUGCAUAUAAAGCGACCGACCACCGGCCUCCUCAUGUACACCUUAGCCACGCGCUUCUGCAACAGGAUCCACCUCUACGGCUUCUGGCCGUUCCCUCUGGAUCAGAACCAGAACCCAGUCAAGUACCAUUACUAUGACAGCCUGAAGUACGGCUACACCUCGCAGGCCAGCCCGCACACCAUGCCCUUGGAGUUCAAAGCCUUAAAGACUCUGCACCAGCAGGGAGCCUUGAAGCUGACUGUGGGGGAGUGCGACGGGGCCACGUAAGGUGGCCUCCAUGGCUCGUGUUCCUGCAGGCUACACAACCACGGGAGGAAGGGGAGGGGGAGGAAAGGACGAGUGGUGCCUAGUGGGGUUGGUUUUCUUUGUUCAUGCGCAGAACAGUGACAAAAAUAUAUAUACGUGGUACCUAUAUAUAUUGACCUAUUAUAACUGUUUGGUGUUCACCAAGGAAGGGACAGGUGAGAUGCAGGAGCAUCUGAAGUGACUGGCCCUGGGCAGGAGACCUUGCCUUGGGCUUGCUAGGCUUGGAAGGAUGUUAGAUCUACGUCCAAAAUGCGUGCAGAUGACCUUGGUUUUUGAGGGUAUGUUAGGUGAUGGGUAAACGUUAAGCCUUGUGUCGUGACUGGUCCAAGGUUGGUAGUUAGUUUGUCUGGCCGAGAACGUCAGUGCUGGUGCUCUAGUAGGUCACGUUCUUGGCUCCGUGCCAA